AUGGGCUGCAUAAAGAGUAAGGAGGACAAGGGCCCUACGAUGAAGUAUCAGCCAGAGAAACGCUACAGCUCUGACCCCAGCGCCGCCACCACGCCUCACGUCGGCCACUAUGGGCCGGAUCCCACUCAGCUCCAGCAGAACCAGGCCCCCUCCUCAUCGGGCCCCACAACAGCAAGCUUCAACCAUGCCAUCACCCCCUUUGGCGGGUCCUCCACCACCAUGACGCCCUUCGGAGGGACGUCAACCUCCUUCUCUGGCUCCAUACCCAACUCCUUCCCUGGAGCUGUCUCAGGUGGGGUGACAUUCUUUGUGGCCUUGUACGACUAUGAAGCCAGGACAUCAGAUGACCUUUCAUUCAAAAAAGGGGACCGCUUUCAGAUCAUCAACAACACGGAGGGAGACUGGUGGGAGGCCCGUUCCAUCAACACGGGGAAGAAAGGCUACAUCCCCAGCAACUAUGUGGCCCCUGCCGACUCUAUCCAGGCCGAAGAGUGGUACUUUGGUAAAAUGGGGCGUAAAGAUGCCGAAAGGUUGCUUUUGAAUCCGGGGAACCACCGGGGUACUUUUCUGGUGCGCGAAAGUGAAACUACUAAAGGUGCUUACUCUCUCUCCAUACGGGAUUGGGACGACGCCAAAGGAGACAAUGUGAAACAUUACAAGAUCCGCAAGCUUGACAGCGGAGGCUACUACAUCACGACACGGGCACAGUUUGACACGUUACAGAAGCUCGUCAAACACUACACGGAGCACGCAGACGGGCUUUGUCACAGGCUGACCACCGUGUGCCCGACUGUAAAGCCCCAGACCCAGGGUCUCGCCAAGGACGCCUGGGAGAUACCCCGGGAGUCCCUGCGGCUGGAGCUCAAACUGGGCCAGGGAUGCUUCGGAGAAGUCUGGAUGGGCACAUGGAAUGGUACAACCAAGGUGGCCAUUAAGACCCUGAAACCGGGCACCAUGUCCCCAGAGGCCUUCCUGCAGGAGGCCCAGAUCAUGAAGAAGCUCAGACAUGACAAACUGGUGCCUCUCUAUGCAGUGGUGUCUGAGGAACCCAUCUACAUCGUCACAGAGUACAUGGCCAAAGGAAGUUUGCUGGACUUCCUCAAAGAGGGCGACGGUAAAUACCUGAAACUUCCUUUGCUUGUGGACAUGGCUGCUCAGAUCGCUGACGGUAUGGCGUUCAUCGAGCGGAUGAACUACAUCCACAGGGAUUUGCGCGCCGCCAACAUACUAGUGGGUGAUAACUUGGUGUGCAAGAUCGCCGACUUCGGCCUGGCCAGGCUGAUCGAGGACAACGAAUACACCGCCAGGCAAGGAGCCAAAUUCCCCAUCAAAUGGACCGCGCCCGAGGCCGCCCUGUACGGUCGCUUCACUAUCAAGUCAGAUGUCUGGUCCUUUGGCAUCCUACUCACUGAGCUUGUCACCAAAGGCAGAGUACCCUACCCUGGCAUGGUGAACCGGGAGGUGCUGGAACAGGUGGAGCGAGGCUACCGCAUGCCCUGCCCGCAGGGAUGCCCCGAGUCCCUCCACGAGAUGAUGAAGCUCUGCUGGAAGAAGGAGCCAGAUGAGAGGCCCACCUUCGAGUACAUUCAGUCCUUCCUGGAGGACUACUUCACCGCCACAGAGCCACAGUACCAGCCUGGAGAAAACCUAUAGUCACACCUGACCACAGCACAGCCUGCCGGGACUGCCUCCCCCUCCUCCCGCAUCCCUCCGCCCGGGAGCAGACUUACCGACCGGCUGGAGAGGAUGCAAAGAGCUGUGAAUUAUUCACUCAAGAGAGCCCACUGGAAGCUGGGCGAUCAGUUGCACAACCAACCACUAUAUUCUUUAUCUGUUGUUCAUUUCUUUUUCUUUUUGUCGGCUCCUGACAUAUUUUACAUUUUUCUUUUAUCUUGUUCUCUACGUUUAUGGUACUACAGGUCUUAACUGUGUGAAUUUGUCUGUCCCCCCCCCCCCCUUUUACAUGGCUUUCAUCACGGUGUACAGAGAGACGGAUCAUUUUUCUUAUUCUGUCGAAUAAUUAAAAAAGGCACAUGACAAGGAGGGCCCUGUUAAGCCGAGGUCUUUUCGAUUAAGAGCUCUUCAUAAACGGGGACUGUGAACUGUGGUAAAGGACGCAUUGAAAGGAAAUACAGUUUCAUUUCAGUUUUAUCUUUUAAGAUGCUCCAUGUGGGAUUUUGCUCCAGAUUAAUAUAUUUCUGUGAAAUGAGUUGUGAUAACACCCCUGUGAUGCUAGCAACAAAACAAAACAAAAAAAAAACUGCAAAAUGGAAGCCAGAAAUUACAUCGUUACGAACAGUGUCGCCAUUAACUGCCCUCUGAUUCUCGUGGGUUCAGCAUGGCUGUUGUGAUCAAUUUGCAUCAGAGCUGUAAAAAAUGUCUAAUGGGCUUUUAAAUUGCACUCGGAAAGUAUCGGGAAAAAGCCAAGCCCUCGGUGACGUAACUACUCUCAUCCACCUUUCCCCCGCUAACAACAAAUCAAAGUUUCUACAUAACCCCGAAAUGCAUCAAGGGAUACUUACACCAGAUCCCCUGUUGACUGAAAGCAAUGGAAGUAGUAAGGAGUAGCAUAACAGAACAUGAUUGUAUUAUCACAAGCUGUAAGGUGCUUUGAAAUGCAGCACUGUUGGUAGUUUUCACAGUGCGUUUGACAAUGGACACAUGCAGUGCUUCAGAAAAUCCCCUCACAGGUAAUGGGUCUUACAUUUCAUGUUUGAUAGUGGUGAGUUGAGGGGCGUGGAUCUGGACUGCGACACAGGUCUGUGAUGCCUUACUCAUCUUUUACAGUGAAAUUUUGGAUUGUUUUGUCUUUCGAGUUCCUAUAGCAACAUAUCAAGAACAUGGCUUUAUGGCUUCAUUUCGAAGACUUGGACCUUCCGUUUAUCCUUUGCAACAAUUUUCAAUAACGCCACAAAACUGUCUGCCCACUACCACUGAGUUGCAUAGGUCACUAUGGUGAUCAUGACAGAGAAGACAAUAAAUGCAAAUGCUCCGUAUGAUGGGACAUUGUUUGGUGGAAAAACUGCUCAAGACUGGUCCGGGACCCAACGCGAGUUGAACAGUGGCGAACCCUGUGGCCCCAUUUUUGACACAUAUCAAUGCACUACUCCGCCAAAAAUAUAUGAGCGGGCCAAAAGAACAUUUUUGCAGGGUGACGAAUUAUGUUUGAGUUGGAAAACGUGAGAGCAGAGCCACCGAAAAGGGUACGAAUAAACCGGUUCAUGGUUAAGUCAGUGUAGUCUCUCAUGGGAUGGUUCAUGUUGGAUGAAGGGUGUAAACAGGUCUUCAUUUGGCUGAGUAAAGUAAUUCGUAUGAAAAGGAAGGGGCCUUUUUUUUUUAUACUGACUUUUUUUUUUCAUCUGUUUCAUAUAUGGAUUUAUCAGGACAGUAUUGCAAUCUGCUUAACAUAUGACGACAACUGGGCUUAUACAGAAGGGCUUUGUACAAUGUAACAAAAUCCUCAUUUUAUAAAAUUAUGAAGGAGAUGGCUUAGGGUGCAGGUUAUAUUUGAUUGAAAACGAAGAUUGAGAAAAUUGUACAAUAAAAAAAAACAUG